UGCAGCGACCUUGAUGCUCCGCCUACCGCUCUUUCCCACUCUCCUCUAUUUUAUUCUCUCCCCUUUUCUGGUUUUCGCUGGUAGCAGAACCAAGUUUUGCGGAGGUUGUUCUCUAUUCCGGUGCUGCGGGCGGGUGGGCGACGGUUCCAAGUGCAAGGAAGCGCGGCUCCCAGGCACGGUGGGAACCACCUCCCGUGGCUUCUCCCCGUUUGUUUGUUGCCGCUUGGUGACGGAUGCCGAGCUUCUAGACACAAGAAUCCAUAUCCAAAAUUGAAAAGAUCGCCCCUUCUCCCAUGCCCGUGAACCGGAUUCAAAGAGAAGAUGGCCUGAAGCUUACCACCCUUCCUUUGAGCACUUCCAGCCUUGAGAAAAGCAAAAGAAUUUUAAUCUGAGGAGGAGGAGGAAACUGGAAAGCAAUGCAUCCUGCAAUCCUCCAUCGCCCUCAGUCCACACCUCUGUCAUUCAUUGGUCGCCAAUGGGUUCAGGAAGAAAAGGUUUUCGAGCAUUCGCGGUCGCAGAAGGGAUUAGCAGGUCUGGCAUUCGAUGCAUGCAACCGAGAGGGUGAGUCGCCACUAACAGGGGUUUUAAGGGACAAGAUUCUCAAACUCAGGGAUGUCCUUGAUUUGCCUCCUCAAGAUAAGCAUGUUACAUUGCAUGAGUUAUUGCUGGAAACUUUGGAGGACCUACAGAAAUUGUAUCCCAAGUGCAUGUCAUGUGUUUGCAUCUCUGAAGUUGAUCGCGAAUGUAUAAAUCAGAUAUUACUCCAUCUCUACCAAGCCCUCAAAUUUGCUGGAAAUUGUUGGUCGGAAAAAUGCAAUCAGUCCGAGAAAUUUGGAUUCGAGGAGGUAGACUUGAAAAAUUUUAGUUUCGAACAACUUGGUCAAGGAGUCCUUAAGAGACUGGAUUACAUGAGCUCACAAGCAAAAGCAGUGUUUGAUCUCAUGGAGAAGAGCUCCAUUAAUAUCCCUAUGAUUGAGGGUGGGCAAGGCAAGUUAUGCUAUUGUAACAAUCCAGUCACACCAACUCCAGCGCUCCCACAACCAUCAAAAUGUAACUCAAGUCCCAAGGAAUUCUCAAACACUACCUACCUGCCACCUCUACUUCGCCCUUUAAGACUUCAAGCAGUGGCAAAAUUGAAGCCCUUAGAUGUCAAGCAUCUUUCCUUCCACAUGUUUCCUCUCAUAUCUGAUCAGAGCUCCAAACCUUCACACCAAGCAGAAAAGAUGGCUAAUGACCUUGAACUGGACUCCCCAGACACUCCGAUGAUUAUAAAGCCGUUUCCUUAUGCUGAAAUAGGGGACGAUAAUUAUCAUGGUUAUGGAGGUAAAACUUCACAUUUUACCACACCUAUCUCGACACCAACAUCUAUGCAUCUGCCGAUGAACUUGGGAUCAAUUUCAAAUGACCUUAGCAAAAACAGUGAGGAAAAUAGUAACAAGACUUCUAAAGCUGCAAUACUGAUCUCACAAACCAUGCCUUUCUUGCAUUUGAAAGCUCCAUUUCCAUCACCAACUCCUACACCACCACCAUCGCCUAUGAUCCUACCUGGAGUACCCAUGUUCUUUCAAUCACUUAACCAUCGACAAAUGGAAAUAGAGCCUGUUGCAUAUGCCAUGACCAUAGAUGAUGAUGAUCAAGCUGAUAGUCAUAAACCUUCCGAAGCUACCAUGUUGAUCUCACAACCAUCCUCUGCUUCACCACCAUCAUCCAUUACAUCGGCAGAAGAAACCAUGUCACCAGCACCAGCUAUCUUUCUACUAGAAGGGCCUGCACAACUAUCAUCUACUCCAACUCCAACUCCAACUCCAUACAAUAUAUCUGCACCAACUCCUCCUCCAAAAAGCUUUGCAUCAUUAACAACCCCAUUGCCACCCCCAACUCCCAUUGCAUUAUCAACUCAACCGCCACCUUUGCCAUCUCUGAAAGGAUCCGCAGCCCCACCACCUCCUCCCUUGGGUGCAACAAAAGCAGGAUCGACACCCCCACCACCUCCACCCCUAGGUGCAGCAAAACCAGGAUCAGCACCCCCACCACCUCCUUCCCUAGGUGCAGCAAAAGCACUACGUGCCAGAAGUAAUACCAAAUUGAAAAGAUCAUCCCAAAUGGGAAAUCUAUAUAGACUUCUGAAGGGAAAAGUGGAGGGGUCUAGUUUAAAUAGUAGAACAUCUGAUGGAAGGAAGAGUCAAGUUGGAAGUGGCUCUAGUGGUAACAAGGCUCAAGGAAUGGCCGAUGCAUUAGCUGAGAUGACAAAAAGAUCAGCUUACUUUCAGCAAAUUGAAGAAGAUGCUCAAAAGUAUGCAGCAACAAUUAUGGAGACAAAGUCUGCCAUUAAUUCUUUCAGAACGAAGGACAUGACUGAGCUAUUGAAAUUUCAUCAGCAUGUUGAGCAACAUCUUGGAAAACUGACUGAUGAAACACAGGUGUUAGCUAGAUUUGAAGGCUUCCCUUCUAAAAAACUGGAGAACAUAAGAAUGGCUGCAGCGUUAUAUGUAAAGUUGGAUGCAAUAAUCACAACACUGAAGAGCUGGAAGUUGGCAUCUCCUACUGCCCAACAACUUGAUAAGGUUGAAACAUAUUUCAAUAAGAUAAAGAAAGAAGUGGAUGUGAUAGAACGUACCAAAGAUGAAGAAUCCAAGCGAUUCCAGAUCCAUAAUAUUGAUUUUGACUUUGGUGUUCUUUUACGGAUUAAGGAAUCUAUGGUCGACUUAUCAUCAAAUUGCAUAGAAAUGGCACUUAAGGAGAGCAAAGAAGCAAAGGAAGAAGCCAAAUCCAAAAGUGGCCUGUCAAAGAUGCUGUGGAGGGCCUUUCAAUUGGCUUUUCGAGUGUACAACUUUGCUGGUGGACAAGAUGAUCGGGCAGAUAGAUUGACAAGUGAAUUAGCUACUGAAAUAGAGACUUGUCCUUAAUUUUGGUAUUUGUGCUCCCUGGAAAUAAGCUGGUAAAUAGUUUGGAUCUUUUUCUUCUAUAUAUGCAAUGGUGGAAACAUCAUUCACAAUUAUUAUUUUGAUCUGGGGAAUAAAAAACUGUUUAUAUGUGUGCGCACUAAAA